UCUAAAGAUAUGACCAAUAUCUGCCGAGAACUGAAUUCGACCAAUGAACGUCAAAGCCAACUAUAUCUUGACGAAUUGACAGCCGAUGUCUCAUGAAUGAAUUUCAAAUAACACUCUAGAUUUGGUAAAAUUCGUAAUCAGAAAACGUUUUUGAUCAGAAGAGAAACAGGAGGUCGAUAAAGAAGUCGACGCUGUAGAAAUGAACGACACACGCACUUCGGGAAACCAAGGUAAACCACUACCGUUAGAGGCAAAGAUCGCUUUAGCAACGUGGUUGGGUGUCGCAGGUUUAGUGACAAUAGUUGGAAAUGGAAUUGUCCUGUGGUUGAUUUCCAAAAAAAGAUCUCUUAGAACAAUGUCUAACCUAUUCCUGACCUCGUUGGCCGCUGCAGACUUUUUAGUAGGACUUGUUAUAGACCCAGUCUGGAUAGUCAUACGAUGUUUGGGUUAUAAUUCUAAUAAAGCCUACAUUGAAACCUUCGGUAGGGGUAUAGAUUAUCUGUGGAUCCACACUACUGUGGCAACAACAUUUAACUUAUGCUGUGUUAGCCUGGACAGGUACGUAGCCAUCAUUCAUCCUCUGCGCUACCACGAUUUUCUCACCAACAGAAGAUGUUAUUUACUGAUAGCUAAUGUAUGGUUUAUGUCCCUUGUCUUACCCUGCUCAAGGUUCAUGGUUCAGGAUAUAACAGCUUUAUCAACAUUGUAUAUAUCAUUUACAGUUAUGACAAUAUUAUUUCCAAUGUCUAUAAUCAUGUUCUGUUCUAUUCGAAUUUUAAAAGCCGCCUUAGCGCAUUACAAUAGCAUAAACCCGACGAGCAGCUGUGAGCAGAAUCAAGACAUUAUUAGAAGAACUAAAAAGAACUACAAGGCUGCUAAAACAGUUAGUAUCAUAGUGGGGCUAUUUGUAGUUUCCUGGUUGCCAAGUCUCAUCACUGGUUUUGUACAUUACUUCAAUACCAAAGGGUCUCAUAACGCAAACUAUUACACCGUGUGGACAUUUGUUGAAACAACAGCGUUUACUUCAUCGGCAAUCAACCCAUGGGUGUAUUGUUUGAGAAACGACGAGUUCUAUGAAGCACUAUCACGCACAUUUCGAUUUCUUGAAAGACGGUGAUUUGGAGAAAUGUUUCGUCUUCAGUUCAGAGACCGUACAAACGGGGAGCUGGCUGUGUAAAUUCAUAACGCAUAACUGAUAUUUCGUAAAACAAAAAUGAAGAGUAGCUUAGUUAGUUGGUAACUGUUCCCCCUAGAGACUGGCCUAAAACUGAUUUGCAAGUUUGUGUAAACAACUGCACGGUUACACUAAAUCGAGUUGUUGUCAAACUCAGAAACGGCUUGAAUAUAGAUUUCCUAACUCCAUCCAACCUGUGAAUAAUAAUUACCUAUUCAAUUAUUCUAGCUUUAGCUGCAAAUUUUUUUGGGGGUUAGAAUUGAUUUUCAC